GGUCCCAACAUUCUUCGGAGUUUGAGGAGUCAGGAAGGACUGGCUUGGUCACUGAUUGCUAAUCUGAGGUUUGCUGACAUGCGAAGGGCUCUGGGUACAGUGUUAGUGGCUGCCUGACUUUGUCUGGAAUCCAGAAUAGCUGGUGACUGAUAGUCAAGAGUUGGGAACACUGGCUUGUGGCUUCUAUCAGAAAGAAAGAGGGUUUAUCAGGUCACUAGCUGGGUCACCAGAAGAUAUAACUGGCCAUCGCCUCUGUGUGCAGUAGCUGUCCCUUCCUGAAGGACUACAUGCCCUGUGUCAUUUUUAUGUUCCUUAACUGUGCUCCCCAUCUGCUUCUCCCUGUCUCCUCGUUCCCACUUCUUAUAAUUUGUACACUGGCUGUCAUUGCCAAUACUCUUCUAUCCUUGCCUGUGCCCUGCAGGAUCAGGGCCUGGGUUUUUGCCUAGGGAGUGAUGUCACAGUGGCUGUCUCUUUGCUGUGGAGCCUGCACAGGUGCCCCGGGCCCUAUGGGUUUUGCUCUUUACCUGAAAGCUGGAGGUUGUGGUCUCUGCUUACAAAAACAAGUUGUGGGUAAAGCUAAUGCCAGGGCAGCACGGCUAGCUUUUGCCUAGGCACUGCUCAUCUGGUGGCCCUUGACUGACUGCUGUGGCUUCUUCAAAGUCCUCAGGAAAACAGUCAAGGGCUGGAGGGGUCACGGGUCUGUGGCCCACUCCUUAGGAUGCUCAGCCCGCUGAAUGUAAACCUGCCAGAUUCCACCAUCCAUGGUUCCAGUGUCCUCAGUCCUGCCCCCUCAAUUCCCAGGCUUCCUUUGCCUGGGUCACCCGUUCUGGUUGGCAGCAUUCUGUCCCUAGCUAGUCGUCAUCUUCUCUGUGUCUAUGACCAAAGUCUGCCAAGGGACCUUGGUGGUGCCUGCUCUGUCACCUGCACACAGCUGGAAAGGAAGAGCACAAUUGCUGAAUGGAUCGAUGCAUACCUGAUUGGACACCCAGAGGAAGGUCUGUGUCCCCUGAGGCAGUCCUCUGAGGCCCCGCUAUCCAGCAGGCACAUGAAAAGCAACAUGCUCUUCACCCUGCUGGUGCUGUGCGUGGGACUGGCCCCUGACACAGAGGCUCAAAAACCGGACCCCUUCGACCCAAACCAGUAUAAAAGCUUCUGGUAUGAAAUUGCCUUUGCUUCCACAAUUGAUGACCAAGACUCAGAGAACAACGAGAAGCUGGGAGCCUUGAAAGACUCACUGGAAAGGCACCUUCUGAACGUGAUCACCAAGUAUUACAAUAACAAACGCUGUAUGCUGGAGAAGGUCCCGGCCCUUGAGGAAGACAGUCCAGGGAAGUUCAGGGUCACCAGAUCAAUAGGCAAGGAUGCUGUCCCAGGUUUGCAGCUGGGGGAGGCCUCUGUGGUGGGGUCUGAUGCUCUCCUGCUCCCAUCUCAUGCUGCCCUGUCCUGCAGGGAAGUGAUCCCAGGUCCUGAAGGAGACAGCAAUCAGGGAAGACUUUGGGACCAGGCUGUGGACAGCAAUCAGAGGGGCCUUUGGGAACAGGCUGAAGACAGGAAUCAUGAGGGGAGCCUUGGGUACCAGACCACAGACAGCACUCAGGGGAGACUUGGGGACCAGGCUGCGGACAGCAAUUAG